AUGCGUGCUCCUAUCCCAGACACCAAUCCAGACCCAGAGACUAAAUUGGCGUUGUACACGCACAGCAAAGUGGCGUCCUGUUUCUCCAGUUGCCUGGGCUACGCACGCAACGUAGGUGCUAGUGAAGACAUCAACUCCAUUGAGGCAACGUCUACGUUGACGACCUAUCGACAAAUUCCUGGCGCUGGCAAUGGUGCGGGCUCGGCUCCAGCGCGACGUGUUCCGGUCCUAUUUUCAACCAAUCGUGGACUGUAUUUGCGUGUGGCACAGCCCCAAGUGACGCUCCAGCCAAUGUCCAAUAGUGGUCAGCACUACGACAUUAGCUUCUGUGAUCUCGAACGCUGGAGCACGAAUCGCGCCAACGUUGUUUCUCUAGAGGACACGUUCAGCAUGUUGCAGCCGGAAGCGCAUCCUCAGAGCAGUCAACAGCAACGGGCAUGGAAUAACUUUGGGGCAUACAACAUGCAGCGCUGAAGUGCUGUCUUUAAUUGAUCCUGAAUUCGCUUGUACAUACUGUGUGCUUACUUAAGUUACUAUUUUUGAUAAUUAUAAAUAAUAUGCUAGACAACUUAA